UCAGAGAGGCUGAAUGUCUGCAGGACAUGCUCAUAUUUUGUCUACCCAUGUCCUUUAAUUAGAAAUUAUCUAGAACUUUUACAUAGAUGCAGAGAUCACCUGACAGUUUCACACGUAAGGUUUUAUUACAAAACCACAGGUCAGAAAUCAAAAGGACAGAUGAUUUCAAUCUUGUGAAGCAGUGCCGUUCUCCGCGCAAACGUAUCUGUAGGUUAGAGAGGCAUUUAUGCUCAGUGUUUGAUCUCUUAUAAACCUUUGUUGUUUGUGUCCAUUCACAAAAAAUCAAAGGUACGGCAGGUGAUUAUAGACAAAUCUCUUUUGGUUACUCUAAAUUCACAUCCCUCCAUUUUUUUUGUGGUCGCUUCUAAAUUAUCACAGCCAUGUGGGAGUUCCGGUCCAUGUCUUUUUGGCGGGCUGUGUUUGCCGAGUUCUAUGGCACAAUGUUCUUUGUAUUCUUUGGACUGGGAGCAGCUCUGCGCUGGACCACUGGACCACACAAUGUGCUCCAAGUUGCCUUUUGCUUCGGGCUAGCAGCUGCCACACUCAUCCAGUCCAUUGGCCACAUCAGCGGUGGUCACAUCAACCCAGCGGUCACAUUUGCCUACCUGAUCGGCUCCCAGAUGUCCCUGUUUCGUGCUUUCUUCUACAUCUGUGCUCAGUGCUUGGGUGCUUUAGCUGGAGCUGCUGUGCUGUAUGGGGUCACACCAAACAAUAUGAGAGGCAAUCUGGCCCUCAACACGCUUCAGCCAGGCAUCAGUCUGGGAAUGGCCACUACCAUAGAGAUAUUCCUGACUAUGCAACUUGUGAUCUGCGUCUUUGCUGUGACGGAUGAGAGGCGAAACGGGCGACUGGGCUCUGCUGCCCUGUCCAUUGGCUUCUCAGUGCUUGUGGGCCACCUGCUGGGGAUGUAUUACACUGGAGCUGGAAUGAACCCUGCUAGGUCUUUCGCCCCUGCUGUGCUCGUUAGGAACUUCAUUAACCAUUGGGUGUACUGGGUGGGACCUUUGAUCGGCGGUGCGGUGGGUGCUCUGCUGUAUGAUUUCAUGCUCUUUCCACGCAUGCGUGGUCUGUCAGAACGACUGGCCAUGCUCAAGGGCAAUCGGCCUCCUGAGGCUGAAGCGCAGCAGGAGACCAGAGGGGAGCCCAUUGAGCUCAAAACACAAGCCCUAUAAACACUGCCAGGAAACGUUGGAUCCCUUAUGCAAAACAAGCAAUAAUUACGCACACCUUAUCUCAAAACACCAUCAACAUACCAACUGCGUCAGCCUUAGUAGAAAUCAAGCACACUUCCAAAGGCAAUCAAGACACAAGGACCCCUUCAGAAGGACUAAGAAUCAUAAGAAGAGGAACUGAGGACUGCACUCUGUACCGGCAGGUAUAGAGAGCGAGUUAGUCCUGCUGAUCAGGUUGCUAACACUGCUCAGGCCAAGGGCUUCUCUGUCAUUUCUAGUCUACUAUGAGUGAAUUACACUAGAAGUGGACUUAUGCAUACUUUUGUGUUUCACAGGGUUUAAAAAUUACACAUUUUAUUUUUAUUUUUAUUAUUAUUAUUUUCUUUGAUAUUUCAGCAACAUGACAUGUAUGAUAUUAUUAGCAUUUUGCAAUGGUUUACUUUGCAUUCUACUUAAAGUCUACUUUACAUUGCUCAGUUGUGCGUGUGUGUGUGUGUGUGUGCGCGCAUGUGCGUGAUGUGUGCGUGUUUUUCCGACAGUUUCCAGUUUGGCUCUAACAUUUCCAUCAUCCACAAUGUGCUUGUAAAAAUGCGAUGUUCCUUUUUCUGUCUCGCAAAAUUAAGGAAACAUUCCUUCCUUUUAAACCUUGGUUUAGGUAGAUGUUGAUUUACAGCUAAAAGUGACAUAAAUCAUUUGGGAAUUUGGAUCCAUCUUUGAGUCUGUUUCAAACUGUUGUAUUGUUGAACUGUGGCCUAAUGGCUCAGGAUGUUUCUUUAAACGAAACAUGGUUUCACCAUCAUUCAUUUAAAAACAAAAAACCAAAUAAAACAAAACUAGUCUAUUGUUUGAACCAAACUUUUACCUUUUAGGCUGUUUGAUUUGUACUGUUUAAGGAAUUUUCAUUGAAUUUCAUACUUUUUCUGCCAUAUGAAUCUGCAUGCAAAGAUUUUCUGUUUAGAUUAGUGGGUUUGGCAUUAUUGUGUGUAAAUAGCAAGUUAGGGAAAAGCACUGAGAUUUUGUCUCAGACAAGAUAAUUUUUGUUUAGUUCAUUGUAGAAGAAAUAUGUAAAGCCUCACUAACUUGAGAAAAGUAAAUCAGAAAAAAAAAAAAAAAAAAAUUAUACAGCGACAUUUAUCAUUAUAUCGUUUCACUGGAGAGGUGAAUUAUUCUGUUUUUCUUUCAUUUUUGGGGCAUCUGUCUAAAAACGGGGUCAGUGUAAGGGGUAAAUCAAAGUCAACUCUUCCUCAGUCUGAGGUUAAGGGAUUGCUGAGUGACUGAAAUGUCUGGAUUUCUCUAGCUUAUUUUGUAUUGGGUGGUAAAUGCACAUUGAUGUUCUUGUAACCUUUGGUUCUGAUAGAAUGAAACGGCGAUCCCGGGUGUUCAGUCACAAUUUCCUAUUUGCUUUCCUGCACUGUUUCCACUCUCUCACUAGCCUCUUCUGAUCCAAGACCUGACUGAAGGAAGGGAAGAUCAGAAUUGGUUGAAAGAUCAUCAAACCACACAGUCAGCUCCAUAAGGCACUGUAAGCAUUUACUGCUUAACUUCUUGAUUUUCUACAUAGACAUGUCAAUGUUUACAUGAAAAUCAGAUCCCAUUUUGUGCUCCAAGCGUUAUGUAAAGUGUAAAGGUUUCUUUUUAAACGGAGUAUAAAUUAUAAUUUAAAGUUACUGAAUGUCUCUUCUUUAGUAGUUUGAUGGGUAUGAGGAUUGUAAUGUGUGCAAUAAUGCCAUAAUGCUUGAAUUUUAUAAACAACUCUUGAUUUGUUUUACAAUCUCUAAAUGAACACUAAUAUUUGUUCAAUGGCCUUUUUACUUAUGGAUAAUGAGACAAUCAUUUAUUCUGGUCAAACCAGAACCAUGUGAUACUCAGGCAAGACAUUGGCUCAUGAGACAUUUUUAUUUAUUUAUCAGAUGAAGAUGAUAAAACAUGAAUCAAAUUCAAAUAUUUCUUUAUAAAAACAGAUUCUUAUUUACUUGAUUUACAUUUUUGGUCACGUUGAAUUAAAAGGGAAAACCUCAUAUUUUCAACUUAAAUUUUUCAUGGCUAAACCUCGGUGUGGUUCAGGGACAAAAGUAGAAUUACAAAAUAUUUAGCAUCAAUGAUCACGCAGGUGCAGGGUAAAUACACGAUUAAUAAACAUUUUAUGGCAUUCUGUAUGAAUUGUACAGUUACUGUUGGCCUUUGAAAAAAACAUCCCAUUUGAUAUUGUGCCUUUCAAAGCACUGAGUAGAUGAAAGAUUUAUAUUUUACAAUAUUUAGAACAGUAUUUUUUGGAAGGCAAAAUCACAGUUUAUAGGAAAGAAACUAAACUCAGCAAAAAAAGAAACAUCCUUUUUCAGGACACUGUAUUUUAAAAGAUAAUUUUGUAAAAAUCCAAAUAAUUUUACAGAUCUUUAUUGUAAAUGGUUUAAACAAUGUUUUCCAUGCUUGUUCAAUGAACCAUAAACAAUUAAUGAACAUGCACCUGUGGAACGGUCGUUAAGACACUAACAGCUUACAGACAGUAGGUAAUUAAGGUCACAGUUAUAAAAACUUAGGACACUAAAGAGACCUUUCUACGGACUCUGAAAAACACCAAACGAAAGAUGCCCAGGGUCCCUGCUCAUCUGCGUGAAUGUGCCUUAUGCAUGCUGCAUGGAGGCAUGAGGACUGCAGAUGUGGCCAGGGCAAAAAAUUGCAAUGUCCGUACUGUGAGACGCCUAAGACAGUGCUACAGGGAGAUAGAAAGGACAGCGGAUCGUCCUCACAGUGGCAGACCACGUGUAACAACACCUGCACAGGAUCGGUAAAUCCGAAUGUCACACCUGUGGGACAGGUACAGGAUGGCAACAACUGCCCGAGUUACACCAGGAACGCACAAUCACUCCAUGAGUGCUCAGACUGUCCGCAAUAGGCUGAGAGAGGCUGGAUUGAGGGCUUGUAGGCCUGUUGUAAGGCAGGUCCUUACCAGAUAUCACCAGCAACAACGUUGCCUAUGGGCACAAACCCACCUACUCUGUUCAGGCAAAAAGUGCUCUUCACUGACGAGUCACGGUUUUGUCUCACCAGGGGUGAUGGUCGGACUCGCGUUUAUCGUCGAAGGAAUGAGCGUUACAUCGAGGUCUGUACUCUGGAAUGGGAUCGAUUUGGAGGUGGAGGGUCCGUCGUGGUCUGGGGCAGGGUGUCACAGCAUCAUCGGACUGAGCUUGUUGUCAUUGCUGGCAAUCUCAACGCUGUGCGUUACAGGGAAGACAUCCUCCUCCCUCAUGUGGUACCCUUCCUGCAGGCUCAUCCUGACAUGACCCUCCAGCAUGACUAUGCCACCAGCCACACUGCUCGUUCUGUGCAUGAUUUCCAGCAAGACAGGAAUGUCAGUGUUCUGCCAUGGCAAGCGAAGAGCCCGGAUCUCAAUUCCAUUGAGCACGUCUGGGACCUGUUGGAUUGGAGGGCUAGGGCCAUUCCCCCAGAAAUGUCCGGGAACUUCCAAGUGCCUUGGUGGAAGAGUGGGGUAAAAUCUCACAGCAAGAACUGGUAAAUCUUGUGCAGUCCAUGAGGAGGAGAUGCACUGCAGUACUUAAUGCAGCUGGUGGACACACCAGAUACUGACUGUUACUUUUGAUUUUGACCCCCUCUUUGUUCAGGGACACAUUAUUCCAUUUCUGUUAGUCACAUGUCUGUGAAACUUGUUCAGUUUAUGUCAUAGUUGUUGAAUCUUUAUGUUCAUACAAAUAUUUACACAUAUUAAGUUUGCUGACAAUAAAAGCAGUUGAAAGUGAGAUGUUUCUUUUUUUGCUGAGUUUAUGUAUAUUACAUUUGAAUUUUAAGAAAGAUAACUUCAAGCACUAAAGACAGAAAAUAUGCCGAGCAGUGUUUUGUCUACACUUAUUUAUCAUUCAGACAUACAACCUUAAUGUUAUUUUGUGCAAAAAAAAAAAAAUAAUAAUUUUGCAUGAUUAUGAUAGAAAGAGAGGCUUCCAAAGAGGCAUUUUCUAAGGUCAAAAUUGUCACACUAAUGUCAAAAUUGAGUAAGAGAUCGUUGUGCCACUAAAUGAACAGAUGCUAUGUGACAAUGUAAAAUCCACUAGUGACAUGAUAUAAACUUGACAAACUGUGAUUUAUCUUAAUCGCCAAAUCUAACUGUAGCAUCAUAAGAAUACUGAAUAGUAAAUAUGCAAUCACGAAACAAUUCAUGCAAAUAAAACAGGCAAAUGAAUUUGAGAUGAGUUUAUAUGGAAACAUGGCCUUAAACUAAGAUGUAAUACAUUGAAUCAUGGGAAGUUACUCUAUUCACAGAGUUUUAUAAAAACAUUAAAAGAACAGAUAAAAAAAAAAAAAAAA